AUGUCAACGACCGCUCCUGUGUCCAGUGUGGAUACAAUUUCCCCCGCAUUGUCGACACAAGGACAUUAUAAGCCCACUCCUGGUCGAGGCCACUCACGCUCAAAACGCUGGGCGCAAGGGCCUAUCUCCUAUUCGGCGACUGAUGCAACCUCCAUUCAACAACAGUUAUCGCAGCCAUUGACCGAACCAGAAUACACUAACGGAAGUGCAUCGAGCGCAUGGCACGGACAUCAACAUUCACAUUCACAUUCACAUUCGCGCUCACACUCACACUCUUCGAGUCAUGGAGAAUCGUGGGGGAAGUCGAAUUACGCCGAGAGUCUUCACUCCCAUACACCGAAACAUAGCCAUGCUGGGAGUAUAACGGGGCUGGUGCCAGAUACGCCUAUAGUAUCGUCAAAUCCUGAGGCACUGAGGACUCAUGAGAGGCUUGCCGGGGCUCUGAUGGCUUUACCGUGGAUUGCCAUCUCUUGGUACCAUGGACAUCAUGCGCAAUGGACGCCCUUGCAAUCUGCAACGAACGACGAAGCCACCACAUCUUCAGGCGUAGGGCAUUUGGAUUCUAUUCCCUUGAGGACAUGUGUCUUGACUGCCAUAACAAUGAUCAUGUUGGGAGGAGGGCAAUUGCUCAGGGUAGCCCAACGGGGUGGAGGUGAUUCUCUUGUCGCAUCACCCAGAGUUGACUUGAAAAAGAUCACCAGCUCUCUUGUUCGGAUGGGCUCUAUUGGACUGCCCAUCUAUGCGGCGCUGAAGGUGGGGGGAUUCCUUGUCGCCUUUGCAUUGACUCUGGCAGUAGCGUCUGGGGUGCCGAUAGCUGUGCAAGGCAAUGAUACCCAGGAUAUUAAGGGACGCCUGAGCCAAAAGAAAGUGACUGUCGGUGUCAUCGCAACUGUGGUUGUAUUGAGCUUCUUGGGAAUGAAUACGUUUUGGGAUGCAGAGCCUUUCUUGGGCUACGUAUCCCUGCUCGUCUCGGCUUUUAUUAUCAGUCCACCUUUUUCGGGCUCUAUAAUGGAUUCUGUCUAUGACCCAGGAUCUGAGAGGAAGCUCUCGCGAACGGAGCUGUCUGAUAUCUGUUCUAGUGACUCUAAACUGACUGCUCUUUCUGGGCUGCUCCUGGCAGCCGGAACGAUUGUCGCUGGGGGCAUAUCUUUCCGUGUUUUAGAUAUGAUGUACGUAAUGGCAGUUGCGGGCGGUUUUGCAACGUGCCUAAUGUACGUGGCCCCGGUAAAUCUACGUUCGCCGCACAAGAUCGGUCUUGCUAUUGCAACUGGUGGCGCCGCCCUGUUAUGCGCACCACCGCCGCGCGACAGUGUCUACGUGGAUUAUGUCUCCAGGGCCAUCCUUGCUGGGAUCGCGGUUCUCACUUCGAGGUUUGAGGAUAGACAUUUGCGUCUGGCAACCCAAGCCCAUAAUCAUCAUCACCACCCUCACCAUGCCCACUCCCACGAUGAUGCUUCUAAUAUCACGAAGCUCAUCAUUCGCUACAGUGAACCGUACCCACUGUUGUACAGCAUUCUCAAAGAGAGUGACUCUCGUCGCAUCUUUUACUUCAUGACUCUCAAUUUCUCGUUUAUGCUUGUUCAGCUGUCCUAUGGCUUUCUCACAGGGUCCUUAGGCCUCCUCAGCGACAGUAUUCACAUGUUCUUCGACUGCCUAGCGCUUAUUGUUGGCCUCUGCGCUGCUGUGAUGAGCAAAUGGCCGCCCAGCGCUAGGUUUCCUUACGGAUAUGGAAAAGUAGACACACUAUCUGGGUUUGCCAAUGGCAUUUUCCUCAUGAUUAUCAGUAUAGAAAUCAUCUAUGAAGCGGUGGAAAGACUGUCAUCCGGCAGCCAAAUGAACCGUCUCGGAGAGCUCCUGGUCGUUAGUGUUGCCGGUCUCCUCGUGAAUCUUGUCGGUAUCAUGGCAUUCGAUCAUGCACAUCACGGUCAUGACCAUGGCCAUGGACACUCGCACGACAACGAGAAUAUGCACGGGAUCUUCCUGCACGUUCUCGCGGAUACCCUUGGUUCCGUCGCGGUCGUAAUCUCGACCAUUCUCGUGCACUACUCUGGCUGGCCAGGGUACGACCCGAUCGCGUCCUGCAUGAUCGCUAUCUUGAUUUUCGCCUCCGCAGUGCCUCUUGUUAGUAGCACGGCUAAGAAAUUGCUUCUCGCCGUGCCGGCAGACGUGGAGUAUAAUGUCCGUGAAACCCUCGCUGGCGUAAGUACUCUACGGGGCGUUGUAGGGUAUACUGUUCCCAAAUUCUGGCUCGACGAUACAGUGAAAUCAGACCACGACCACGGCUGCAGCCAUGGACAUGGCCAUGGUCACAGCCAUUCCCAAAGUCAUAGUCCCGGCCACAACCACAACCACAACCACAACCACAACCAUAACCAUAACCACAGCCAUCAUGAUCAGGACCACGACCACGGCCACAGUCACUCCCACAGUCACUCCCACAGCCACGAUCACAGCCACGACACGCCCAACCCUAGCGUUCUCGGCGUAAUCCACAUAAUCGCCUCCCGCGGAGCCGACCUAGAAGACGUGCGUCAACGAGCGGUCGACUUCCUCCGGGAAAAGCACAUGGAUAUUCUAGUACAGGUUGAGCGAGAAGGCGACGCACGAUGCUGGUGUGGCGGUGGAGGAAACAAAAACUCAUAG